AUAAAAAUGGCGACCGGCCGAAGGGCCUUUGCGGAAAAAUUGAUUAAACAAGGGGCAGCAGAAGUCCGCAGGCAGAUCUCAUCAGCACAUAUCAGGGACAUCCCCAAAAGCAUUAGUGGAGGUUCUCUUGCAAGUGGAGGAUCUCUUGCAAGCGCACAAUCAAUUUCGCUGAAUGAUGUCGUCGAUCCCCCAGAUUUUGAAGAUGUUUUGGUCCAGCAAGAAUAUCUCAUUGAGAGGGACCCCAUGCAACAUCUCCUAGAAUUCCCCAGAGAUGACAUUGAUGUGAAACUGCUUCCCAGAAAAUGUAGGACCAUAGCCCCAGUUAUUCCAGAGCAUGGCUCUGAAAGUGACCCACAUGUGAGAGACUGCAUUAGGACCUAUUCCUCAGACUACACUGUGGUGAACAGAAAGUACCAGGUGUUCAGCUCCAGCCGUAACAGUAAACUCAGGGAGGUCCAGAAGGUCCAGGAGGCUGUGUCCAAACAAGAGUAUGAGGUGGACACAGAAGACGAUUUGGAACAGACUGUGGUGCCCCAGAGGUCCCGUGGCUCCAUUCACAUGGACAACACCCCCAGAGGCAGCUGGGCCAGCAGUAUAUUUGAUCUGAAGAACUCCCAGGCUGACCCCCUGUUACCUGGCCUGCUGGAACACACCCCCACAGAACAGCUAGACGUACAGAGUGAGACACAGAGGCAACAGAACAGGCAGAAAGCCAUAUUUGCCUUAUAUCCAAUGCAGGAAGAGGAGGAGAUGAUAGAACGCCGUUUGCCUGCUGCAGUUCCAUCUGAGCAUUUUGGCUACCGGAUUCUUGUCAAGUGUCUGCAGCUAAAGCUUGAACUUGAAAUUGAGCCAAUCUUUGCCACCAUGGCACUGUAUGAUGCCAGUGCAAAGAAAAAGAUAUCUGAGAACUUUUACUUUGACCUGACACCGGAGAACAUGAAGAAAAUGUUGGGAUCACAUAUACCAUACCAAGACAUUUCUACUCUGAGUAGAUCUUGUAUUUUCAGCAUUACAUACCCCUCUCCAGAUGUAUUUCUUGUUGUGAAGCUUGAGAAGGUGCUACAACAAGGCAACAUCUCAGAGUGUGCAGAACCAUACAUGAAAGAUGAAAAGAAUCGUGACAAACUAAAAGGCAAUGCAGCCUAUUUCUGUGAGAAGUUAGGCAAGUACAGGAUGCCCUUUGCUUGGACAGCCAUCUACUUAAUGAACAUAGUCAGUGGGGCCAAUAGUCUGGACAGAGAAGAUAAAGGCAUGGAACCUGGGAGCACUAGUAGCCUAGAUCGUAGAGGCACACAGUUUGACAGCUUCAGAAAGAAAUCUCGAGAUGAUGCUGCUUUCGUUCGGCAAGGCUCUUUAGAACGUAGGAAGUCACUGUUGGACAAAAGGGUGAGCUGGUCGCCAGAAGAGGGAGGCACUGGUCUGGAUAACUUCAGACCUGUCACACUGACGGUGUCCAGUUUUUUCAAGCAGGAGGGAGAUAGACUAAGUGAUGAUGACCUGUUCAGAUUUCUGGCAGAUCUUAAAAAGCCAACAUCUGUGUUGAAGAGACUUAAAUGUAUUCCUGGCACCUUGAAGCUGGACAUCUCUCCCUGUCCAGAGGAGCCAAAGUACUGUCUGAGCCCUGAGCUCUACAAGAUUGACCCCUACCCUGAUGACAAGGGCAGGCCGACCAAGGAACUCCAGGAGUUUCCCUCCAGGGAGGUGUAUGUGCCUAAUACAACAUAUAGAAACCUGCUGUUUGUUUAUCCAAAGUCUGUGAACUUUGCUAACAGACAAGGAGCUGCUCGGAAUAUUGCAAUCAAAGUUCAGUUCAUGGGUGGGGAGGAGGAGGUCCAUGCAUUACCGGUGAUAUUUGGCAAGUCCAGCUGUCCAGAAUUCUCUAGAGAAGCUUACACCAGUGUGACCUACCAUAACAAGUCCCCUGACUUCUAUGAUGAGAUCAAGGUGAAGUUACCAGCCAGGCUGGGGGACCCACACCACCUGUUCUUCACCUUCUACCACAUCAGCUGCCAGAAGAAAGAUGUCCCACAACAGCUGGAGACACCUAUUGGAUAUAGUUGGCUGCCAAUCCUGCAAGAUGGGCACUUGGUAGUAGGGGACUUUAAUCUGCCAGUGUCUCUUGAGAAACCACCACCCAACUAUUCUGUUCUGCAUCCUGAUGUUCACAUAGAUAGUAGCUGGAGGACCAAGCUGUCUGCAUUGUUCUCCGAUGAGUCUUAUGAGGUGAUGCUACCAGGGAUGAAGUGGAUAGACAACCACAAGCCUAUCUUCAGUGUCUCCAUCAGUGCUGUCUCCAGCAUUCAUACUCAGGACAGAAAUAUUGAUCGCUUCUUGAGCAUGUGCCAGAAAGUUUCUAAGUAUAGUCACACUGGCCAGAGUGCAGCUGACCAUCACUCUCAGACUGACGAGUUUCUAGACCGCUUUCUAACUCUGUCCCAUUGUGCGGAGCAACACAACAUUCCGCGGGGCAUUGGUCUGGAGAACUUUGAGGGAGAGCUGAAGAAGAGUGUGGCAGACGUGUCCAGGGCUAUGGGAGAACCUUUGGUCAGAUUCCUGCCACUGAUCAUGGACAAAUUGGUGCUACUGAUGGUCAGACCACCUGUGAUUGGGGGACAAGUUGUGAACAUUGGACAGACCUCCUUCGAGUCAAUAGCACAACUAGUGAAGACACUGCAGAGUUUACUGGAGGAUAAAAAUGACCUCCAUGGCAGAAACAGCCUCCUUGUGCAAUACAUCCAGUUUUCAUGUACACUGCCACACCCAGAUCUCAGUGCAAUAGCUUCCACACCUAACAUGAGCAACUAUGCCACUCUGGGUCGCCCCACCUCUCUCCCUGUUGGGAAACAAAAUAUCCCAAGAAGCAGCAGUGACCCUGACCUUGCUGUGACCCCUACCACCCCUGACUCUGAGGUGGAGAGAAUGUUGGGAAUACCAUCUGCUAAGAUAGACAGGAGUGGCAGCCUCAGACAUCCAGAUCAGCCACCUAGAUAUGGCAGGCUCCAUAGUAAGAAGUAUGUCCAUGAAGAGAUAGCCCUCCAGUGGGUGGUCUCCAGUGGGUCCACCAAGGACAUUGCACUGGCUAAUGCCUGGUUCUUCUUUGAGCUCAUGGUAAAAAGCAUGGCUGAACAUCUGGCCAGGGCAGACAAGAUGGAUACCCCAAGGAAGGCCAGGUUCCCUAAACAGUAUAUUGAUGAUGUCACAGCACUGGUCACUAUGAUCACCAAGGAGAUAGUAGACAGAUAUUCUACACUCAAGGAUGCCCGUGGCCUGAACACAAGCCUGGCUUUCUUCUUAUAUGACUUGCUGUCACUGAUGGACAGGGGGUUCAUCUUCAAUCUUAUUAAGCUCUAUUGCAAAACUAUGGCUAUAAAGAUCUCCUCCCAGGCCAGUUCCACGGAUCUGACCAUGCUGAAACUAGACUUCCUGAGGAUCAUCUGUAGCCAUGAGCACUACGUCACUCUGAACCUCCCCUUUGGUAGCACCCUGACCCCCUCUGGUCCCCCCAGCCCCACCCCCAGUGUGGCCAGCUCCACCUCUCAGACCUCCUACACCUCUACCAACACUCUGAUGGAGAGACCAGGCCUGGGUGACCUGUCUAUAGAUUUCAGGCAGCAACAUUUCCUGGUGGGGCUGGUGCUGUCUGAUCUUACUAUUGGAUUGGAGUCCGGCAACCCUCAUGUACAAAACAGAGCCAUCAAUCUGGUCAGAAAUCUGCUCUUCCACCAUGACCUUGACCCUCGCUACAGUGACCCUGAUGUCAAGGCCAGAGUGGCCUCCCUCUACUUGCCUCUCCUGACCAUUGUCAUGGACAGCCUGGGACAACUGUAUGAACCCAACUGUUCAGAUAAAGUGGACAGGGACAGUGAUAUAGUGGAGGAGGACAUGGCCAGUCCUGGCAUCAACCAGUCUAUUGCUAAUGCUAUUGCCACUUCUAGUGUGAUGGGAACUAGAUCAGAGGAUAUCACUUUUGAUUCUUAUGACACCCUGACCAGACAAAGCAAAAAGUCUCAGCUGAGCCCAGAGUCUACCAAGAACAUUUUAGCCUGCUUCUUGUGGGUGUUGAAGAACAAUGACAAACGCACACUAAAGCAGUGGUGGGCUGAGGUGCCAAUGACACGACUGAGUCAGCUACUGGAACUUUUGUAUUACUGCGUGUCAAACUUUGAGUACAAGGGCAGAGAAGCAAUGAGUGCUAUCAGUCAGCAGAUUAAGAGGAAAAGUACUGACAUGAAGUCCAAGUUAGAAGAAGCCAUCUUGGGCAUGGGAAGUGCGCGAAGUGAGAUGAUGAUGAGAAGACGCCAGCAGGCAGCAGGGUCACAAUUGUAUCCAGAACCUACCCUAGCAGCCUCUCCUCAGACAGAGAUGGCAAGGCUCAGGUGGAGGAAGGAUCUGACACAGUGGAGGCAGGCAGGAGAGAACUAUGAGAGACCCAGGAUUGAUGUUGAAACCAACUGUUAUUUAGACAGCAAUUUAGCAACAGAGUGCAGCCUUAUUACUCUGGACACACUGGAACUUAUUGUACAGAUAGUGCAGCAGUCAGACAUGUUGCAGAGUUUACUAGGCACAGUACUGAGGGUGCUGUUACACAGCUUAGGACUAAACCAGAGCACACUGGCUCUGCAGAACAUGUUUGUCACUCAGAGGUCUCUUGUUUCUAAGUUCCCAGAGCUGCUGUUUGAGGAGGACACAGAGCAGUGUGCAGAUCUGUGUUUGAGGCUGUUACGACACUGUAGCUCAUGUAUUGGCUCCAUCAGAUCACAGGCCAGCGCCUCACUAUAUCUUCUCAUGAGGCAGAACUUUGAGAUAGGGAAUAAUUUCUCCCGCGUGAAGAUGCAAGUGACCAUGUCCUUGAGCUCACUGGUGGGGCAAAACCAGAGUUUUAAUGAGAACCACCUCAGAAGAUCACUGAAGACAAUUCUCACCUAUGCUGAGUCUGAUAUUGAACUUCAAGAUACUACCUUCCCAGAGCAGGUGAGAGAUCUGGUGUUCAAUCUCCACAUGAUCCUGUCAGACACAGUGAAGAUGAAGGAGUUCCAGGAGGACCCAGAGAUGUUGUUAGAUCUCAUGUACAGGAUAGCUAAGGGGUACCAGAACUCUCCUGACCUACGCCUCACCUGGCUACAGAAUAUGGCUGGCAAACAUAGCGAGAGAGGAAAUCAUGCUGAAGCAGCCCUGUGUCUGGUACACUCAGCAGCCCUGGUGGCAGAGUACCUGAAUAUGCUGGAAGACAGGACAUAUCUCCCUAUAGGCUGUGUUUCUUUUCAACAUAUCUCUUCCAAUGUGCUUGAAGAGAGUGCAGUGUCAGAUGAUGUGGUCUCCCCAGAUGAGGAAGGCAUCUGUUCUGGGAAAUAUUUCUCAGAGUCUGGACUGGUGGGCCUGCUGGAACAGGCAGCCAGCUCCUUCAGUAUGGGUGGUCUUUAUGAGGCUGUAAAUCUGGUGUACAGAGUUUUGAUCCCCAUCCAUGAAGCCAAUAGGGAUUUCAAGAAGUUAGCUGUCAUACACAACAAACUUUACCAGUCUUUUGAUCAGGUUAUCAAGCAGGAGGGGAAGCGUAUCUUUGGCACUUACUUUAGAGUUGGUUUCUAUGGCAGCAAGUUUGGAGAUCUGGAUGAGAAUGAGUUUGUGUACAAGGAGCAGUCUAUCACAAAGCUUCAUGAGAUAUCUCACAGGCUAGAGAACUUCUACAUUGAGCGCUUUGGUGAAGAGUUUGUUUCAACUAUCAAAGAUUCUAACAUAGUGGACAAGGACAAACUAGAUCCACAGAAGGCCUAUAUCCAGAUCACUUAUGUGGAGCCUUAUUUUGACUCUUAUGAGUUCAAAGACAGGAUAACAUACUUUGACAAGAACUACAAUCUCAAGCGUUUCAUGUAUGCCACACCAUUCACUGUGGAUGGGCGAGCACAUGGAGAGCUCCAUGAACAGUACAAGAGGAAGACCAUCCUUACCACAGCUCAUGCCUUCCCCUAUGUCAAGACUAGGGUGGCUGUAGUAGCCAGAGAACAGGUGAUCCUAUCCCCCAUUGAGGUAGCAUGUGAGGACAUCCAGAAGAAGACUAAAGAGCUAGCUAUUGCUAUGGCCCAGGAGCCUCCUGAUCCCAAGAUGUUACAGAUGAUGCUGCAAGGCUGUAUUGGGACCACAGUCAACCAGGGUCCAGUGGAGGUUGCCCAGGUGUUCCUGGCUGGAGUCAUGGAGGGCAAGGUGCCUGCCACACGUCACCACAACAGACUCAGGCUCAGCUUUAAGGAUUUCUUGAAAAAAUGCCAUGAUGCUCUACACAAAAACAAGAAUCUCAUCAGUUCAGACCAGAAAGAGUACCAGCGGGAAAUGGAGCGCAACCUCCACAAUGUUCGCGACAGACUCAAUCCUUUCAUCUCACAAGCACAUGCAAGCACAGUGAAGAAGAAAAGCUCACACAGAAGCCGAGAAAAAGACAGGUCUCGUGAAGAGCGUUCCCUCACACAAGUAAACCAGCCCAGUUUUACUCCGCCUCCUAUGGUGAGGUCUGUGAGCAUGCCCAGUUAUCCCAGACUGUCGCGCUCUUCCAGCACUGGCCGAAUCACGCUGGGAAGCAUCAAGGAAGGUCGCAGUGAAAGCAGCAGAAGAAAACCCAACAGCAACUCUGUUACACCUAACUAGACAUUACUGUUGAAUCAUAGCUGUUGAAGGGACACAUGGAAGCAUUCCAGUAUAAAAGUCACAGUGACACAAGGAUGAAGUAAUAUUAAAAUCUGAAGGUGCUCAAGGGGUCUAUGGGGGUCAUCUACCCAACAGAAUAAGAUAAAAACUUAUGCUCUUUAUUAUCUCCAAGUGUUCAAUCCCUAAGUGGCCUCCAGUUGAAGCAUUAAAGAUAGCAGCAAGGACAUUGGUACUUAAACAAAUGUGAACGUGUGUUUGCAUUAUUGCAGGGACUCUUGUGCUGUGCUAAUGCCAAAAAUAUUAAUGUUAAGAAUAUGAGAUCUCUUGUUAAAUCACUGAAAAGCAUGCUACAUACCAUCACCCAGUACUACGGUGAAAUAUGUUUGUGGUCCUCUUGUAUAAAAACAUGGGUUUAUCAUUGUUUGGACAUGAAACUAUGCAUAUUUGAUCAUAAGGGGGUUCUGUGUCAAACUCAUAAUAUCAUUGAUACCGGUUCGAUUUCAUUCAUUAUAGAAGUAUAGAAGUUGGUAAUUUUUCUCUCUGUACUUAAUAUAGUGUAAAUCCUUAUUCCUAGUAUUAUCCAUUGGGAAUAUAGGAUGAAACAAAAUAUUUAUGUCUUAUCAUGAACCUCUUAAAACAGAGAUAUAUGUAUGUAAAUAUGUUGUAAUAAAGAUAUAUCUGCUCAAAAAUGA